GACGUUCGAGAUCGCGACGACGACACGGAUGGGCCGGUACGUCCGGAUUACGCACGACGUCCGGAUCGUGGUCCUGAACUUCAAGACGUGGGCUGGCUCAAGGAGCCGAUGUGCCCUGAGCCUGAGGUCCAUAUAAUCCUCCCGCCCCUUGCGAAGCUGCGCGCCGUCGUGGAGCGUAUGCGCCCGCUCGCGGCGGACGUGAUCGGCAUCCGGGCUAACUUGUCGGGGUGCUUGCAGCUGUGCGCCCAGACCGACAACUCGCGCGUAGAUGUGGCAUGGAACGGGCUGUCUAAUCCCAGAAUGGCGCAAGAUCCGAGCACGCAGGAUCCGGAUACCUCGGACGCACGCGGCCCAACGACGCUGUACGGCGUUCUCGUGUCUCUCAGAAGCCUCCAGAACUUCCUGAGCAGUCACGUCGUGUCGACGACGACCAUUGCGUGCAUAUGCCAGAACCACUGCAUCAUACUGUACGUGUACAUCGACGAGAUGGCGGGGGCAGAUGGCAUCCUGACAUUCUACAUCCCGGCUAUUAUCGAGUGA